AUGCUUCUUCGAGUGCCAUUGGCACGAAGGCCGCUGUCGCCAAAGACGUGCGCUCGCUUGAUCCCUUCGAUAUAUACGCCACCAACAACAUGGCGGUCCGGGUCGUCAAUCGCUCGCAAGCAGCCAUCCGCUGGCGCAAACACGCGCCUUGUACGUGACCGCAGACUCGUCCGCACAUCUGCCACUAGCUUCUAUACACCAGAACGCGCCCACAUCAGGCAUGCGACCAACUUGGCCUCAAGAACAGCCAUCAAUCCUCCCUCAAACGUUCCCACAGAACACCAACAACUAUACGCAUCUCUGGACCGUCUGAAGGAUAUCGCCAGCGACUAUGUCAACCAGAGUAGACUACAACUCGCCUUGAGGGGACUGGAGACUUCGCGACCCACUGUGAGAAUCGGUCUGCUUGGCCUGGGACAAGAUGGAGAUGUUGCUGCAAGGAAACUCGCACGUGUCUUGCUUGCCGAUGCGCUGGGAGAUGAGGGUCAGUGGGAGAAGAUGCUGAAGCAGCCAUACGGAGCCGAAGACGACAUGCCGCCCAUGAACCCGCUCGUAAACGAAUUGAACAUCCCCUCACGCGUCUUGGAGAAGAACAACCUCGAGAUUCUCAUCACAGCCCUCAACACACCCAGUGGUCCUAACAUCAGCGCUGAUCCAUCAGGACUAGCAGAAGCCAUCUUAGUGCCCCCGUUACAGACCCCCGUCGCUUCCUCUGGCCGUACCGGCUUUGUGCGCUACCCCGUCCAUAAGGCCAUCGUUGUCGGAGAAGGAAUUCAAGGAUGCAUGGACUUUGGCCGUCUCUCCAGCGCUUUGGAAGCCACAACUCUAGGAGUUACAGGCGCACAACAGGGUCUCAUCCAGGUUGCUCUAAGUGUACCACGCGACAGCCCUCGCACCCAAACCCACGACACUGGUUUGAUUUCUCCCGUCGACAUCGACCAAGCUGGAGCUGCUCUCGAUCUCUUCCGCCAGGACGUCGCCAACAGCGCCAUCUUUAACACAAAAUGGCAAGCUAGCAACAUCCAGGCCAUCAUCAAAUUCUUGGCCUCGGACCCUAUGGAUCCUAUCACUGGCGAUUCGGUAGGCCUGAGGCCAACUCUGCAAUCACACAUCCGCUCUACUCUGGACUCUGCAGCCGACGCCCUUGCUCUUUCCGAACAAGUCGCCAACAAUGCUGUGGUUUCCAACAGCAUCUCCGACCAAAAACACGAUGUAAACGUGGCCGCUGAGGAAGUGCUACGCUCACAUUGGCUGCUUGACGCUGAAUCCACCCUUGCUUUCCUUGCCGGUAGAAUCGAACAAGCAGGUUUCUUUCGCAGCAGAGGCGGUGUAGCAAACUUCAAUCCCGACUACGCCAUGCACGCUUCCGAUCGUGCAGUCGACACAAAGACUGGCGAAGUCAUAUCGAAGGAAAGAGCUUUCCUGGCUCCUUCCCAAGCUUCUUCUGCGCCAUUAAAGAAAUCUUCAAAGGGGUUCUUCAGCAAAUUCUUCACCGACAAGGUUGCUCAACCUAGCGCUGCUGACCUCCUCAACACACACGCCCUCACGGCAAAGGUUGCACAAACUGGUGGAAUCGAUAUCUUCCAUUCGAGACCUUGGCCAUUGGCUAUUCACUUUACACGUCAAAAGCUCUUGCACGCUUUAGUGCCGUCCCUGCAAGCGCGUGCUCAGACCCUACUCGUACAAUCCCUUACUACCAUCGGCGCAACCUCUGCUUUGGGUGUUUGGCUCUAUAUUGCCACUUCAGGUACCAUGCUGGCCGAAUCCGGCGCCAUCGCAGCACUAGGUCUUGUCUGGACUCUACGCCGCCUGCAAAAGAAAUGGGAGGCCGAGCGGGAGACUUGGGAAGCCGAGGUCCGCGAACAUGGACGCGUGGUAUUGGCCGAAGUGGAAGACGUGUUAAGGACGGUGGUUAGAGAAAACGAGAGGGGUGUCUUGAGGACUUCUGAUCUCGAGGACUGGAGCAGAGCCAGAGAAGCUCUGACCGAGGUCAAGAAGGCUUUGGGAGAUGUCGAUGCGGUUGAGGAAAAAGUGCAGGAAAUUGGUGUCAAGUUGUAA